AUGGAGGGGAAGAAGCAAGAAGAUUACUCACUUGCAGUAGCACUACUUGUUGGCAAUGGAGAUUUGGGAAGAAAGGAAGAGGAGGAUGAAUACACAUCUCCCACUGCUUCCUUCUUCAGUACUUGUUUCAAUUGUCUCAAUGCCCUCUCAGGAGUUGGAAUCCUCUCGGUUCCGUACGCAUUGGCAUCGGGAGGGUGGUUGAGCUUGAUACUGCUUUUCGCAAUCGCAAGCUCAACCUUCUACACAGGAUUGUUGAUCCAAAGAUGUAUGGAUGCUGAUCCAACAAUACGAAGUUAUCCCGACAUAGGGGAUCGUGCCUUUGGGAAUGUAGGCAGAAUUCUAGUAUCGAUCUCUAUGAACGUCGAGCUCUAUUUAGUCGCAACGGGUUUCCUGAUUCUCGGAGGUGACAACUUGAGCAACUUAUUUCCGGAAAUGGAGUUUGAUAUUUACGGUACUCGUAUUGGUGCACAAACUGGAUUUCUGGUCCUUAUUGCGAUCGUUAUCCUUCCCACGAGUUGGUUAAACAACAUGAGCCUUCUUUCGUAUAUAUCAGCCAGUGGGGUUCUAGCCUCUCUGAUCAUCCUAGGCUCAAUCUUAUGGGCUGGUUCAUUUGAUGGUAUCGGUUUUCAGGAAAGGGGCAAACUCGUAAACUGGAAAGGGAUCCCGUCAGCUAUCAGCUUAUACGCAUUCUGCUACGGUGCUCAUCCGGUUUUCCCUACCUUAUAUACUUCCAUGAAAAACCAACGUCAAUUCUCAAAGGUCUUGAUCCUCUGUUUUGCCUUUUGUACAGUUACUUAUUCAUCAAUGGCCGUUAUCGGUUACCUUAUGUUCGGUUCAGAAGUAGAGUCACAGAUAACCUUAAGCCUUCCUACCGACAAGAUAAGCUCGAGAGUGGCCAUAUCAACGACCCUGGUUACCCCAAUAGCUAAAUAUGCACUUAUGCUAACACCAACAGUCAACGCUAUUGAAUCAUGGUUGCAAUCUUAUUACAAGAAGAGGAAGUGCGGUUUCCUAAUUAGAACGAUCUUAAUGAUAAGUACGGUAGCCGUAGCCCUGUUUCUCCCCUUCUUUGGGGAUUUGAUGUCGCUCGUGGGAGCACUCUUAAGUGCUACGGUUUCGAUCACGAUACCAUGCUUGUGUUACUUGAAGAUUUCAGGCGCUUACAGGAGAAUUGGCCUCGAGAUGGUGAUUAUUGGGUUGAUUGUGUUGGUUGGUCUAAUGAUUGCGCUUGUGGGUACUUACAUAUCGUUCAUAGGUAUAGUACGCCGUCUAUGAAGAGCAAAUCGAUUGCAGAGCCAUGUUAGCCGAUGGAACUUUUGGGGGGAAUGCGCAUUUUGACAUUCACUAAAAGUCAAGUUCCUAAGUUAUAACAAUAUGUAACGGAUAUCAAUUUUUCAAGGAAAUACAUGUCUAUCGAAUAAUCGUGCGCUCUAUAUGCCCC